AUGGGAAUCAAUGGGCUCUGUCCCUAUCUGGAUCUGAAGAAAGUGAUGGCAAUAUUGAUUGCAACGCUGGUGGAUGGCUUGGGUCAGUGCAUUGAAAUGCUUUGGCGCUCGCGAGAACUGCGUUUUGCUGCCAUUUUUGAGGCUGUAACUUCUGUUGCUCGGAACUUCACCAUGGCUCUUAUGUCCUGCGUGUUGGGCAUGUUUCUAGGACGAGGUCAGCAGGAUGUAGCUUUCCUGUGA